AUGUAAGUUACAUCUGACUCACAACAUUGCUUUCGUUUUUUUUCACUUGCCUUUGUUCCAUACUUUUUUUAGUUAAGUAUUACCAUUUUGUUAUAUAAACUUGCUCACGUAAUAAAAAUCUGUAUUUUUUGUAUGAAUAAUUGAUAAAGUUUACGUGGCAUAAAUUAUUUGUUAAAUACCAGGUAUGCAGAGUGCAGAAUAUUACAGAUCGCUAAGUAGAUAUUAAAUAAUUGAGUAUGAGCAUAAUUAACUACGGGACUAGGCAGGAUGACCAGUAAUAAGGACAAAAAACUAAUUUCAACAUUAAAAAAUCAGCUCUUGAUUCUACGACGGGAUUAUUCACGUUGUAAGAAAAAAUUAGAAAGUGUAUUAAUAGAAAAUGCAGAACUGAAGAAACGUCUGGGGGACUUUGGUCACACACAAGGCCAGUGUAAUGGUAGUCGUGGUGGACCGCCUGGACGACAGCAGCAGCAGCAGGAUGAAGAAAACGAACUAUCAUCAUUCGAAGAGCAGGCAAAUGAGACGAUGGAUAUUGAUGAGCACGAAGACCUUGCUGACCCGUCCCUUUAUCCCGUGCGAACCGAUCAUGAAUAUGCUAAAGUACAGGUCGCUCGAAGAGCAGAAAGGACCACUGCUGAGGCACUCACAAGCGAUGAUGCGACGACCCCGAGGACAGCCUUAGAACGCGUCGUUGUAGACUUUCUGGACAACAUUGCGAAACUGUCAACCAAAAAAUGUGCAUUUGUUGACCAUGAGGAUUUGUCAUUGUAUGAUAAGGAUGGAUUAGAACCUUUUAGUGUAGUUUUAAGAAAGAAAUUAGACUCGUACUUGAUGGAUGCUGCACAGGAAGAAAUAAAUUUAACAAUCAACUCGAACAUUGUGGUUCCCAGCAGCAAAUCUCGUAAAGGUCCAAUCAAGUAUUUUAGCAAACCCCCAUCGCCUGGAGCCUCAAACUGCGCACGCAUUAGAAAAAAAUGGCCAAAUUCAGUGCCAUAUGUAGAGACCAACAGUUCCGGUACUGUAAAUGCUAUUCAUCAUGAUUUCGACGACGAAAACUUGGUUCAGCACAUAUGCAAAGUGUGUGGAGUAUCUGUCGAUACUAAGGCUAUCUUGAAACGACAUAUGAUCACCCACACUACAGGGUCAGAACCAUGUCCUGUGUGCGGUCAAUUAUUCAAGCGCAAAGAUGACAUGAACAAACACUUUCAACGGAUUCAUGAGAGAAAUUAUCGAUUUCAAUGUUCUAUGUGUCCUAAAAAAUUUAUUGAUGCAUCAGGUUUCAGAAGACACGAGAGGAUCCAUCUUGGCAUACGCCCUCAUUUAUGUAGCGUUUGUGGUCGGUCAUUCCCUGAAUCAGUCAAUCUUCGUCUCCACAUGGAGAUCCAGCACAACCCCAAUAGAAAAGGAAGGUUACGCAGAGUCAAGCUUGUAGUGCAAUGAUUAUUCGCACUGUUUAUUUUCAUACCAUUUUACAUAGAUGUUCGGUAUUGAUUACUAAAAUCGACUUCCAAUAUUAAUACAUAUAGUAUAUAGUAAUAUAUAGUAAUAUAUAGUAAUAUAUAUAAUAUAUAUAUUAAUUUUUUCCCAAUUUUA